GAAAGUAUUCUACUUAAAAAGAGAGAGAUAUGUAAAUUGCAAAAUGAUAAAAGUAGUGACAUAAAGUUGUGGCAGAGAAAAACUACAGUGCAGAAAAACAAGAGCCAAAGAUUCUACCCUUGGCGGAAUGGAUAUAAGCCAUUUGAGGAGAUUAGAAAGAGUCCAAGCCUUGACCUUGGAUUUCCAACACUGGUAGCUGCGUGAGAGUCUUUGUUUUCCCAUCAGCAAAGAUUCUUCUUCCUAAGGGGUAAAAGAAAUUUAAAUUCAAAAAAAAAAGAAAAGAAAAGGAACCCACUGCUUAGAGGCUACAGCUUACUUCUGUUGGCAUUUCUGUGCAAGCUGCAUGGUGAGUGAGCUCUGAUCUGAUGUAUUCAUAAAGUGGUAAUUGAAGCAAAGGCAAGGUUUUAGUGUUUUGGGUGCACUGACAUUCAAGAAUCAAGGUCACUGCAAAAUACGUCAGUAACAGGAUAAAGUCGAGACAAAUGAUUGCUUGCAACAAGGAAGACAACAAAUGGAGUGAAAGGAAGAUGGAAGGAGAUGAUGGGUUGAGGACUGUGGAGUGCUUGAGAGGAAGGCUUCUUGCAGAGAGACAAGCUUCAAGGACUGCAAAAGAAGAUGCUGAACUAAUGGGCAAUAAGCUGAUAGAACUAGAAAACAAACUCAAAGAAGAGACCGAAUUAAGGAAUAAAGCUGAGAAGAGGCUCAAGUUGUUGAAGAAGAAGCUUGAAUCACUGAAAAAAUUGCCUAGUUUGGAAGAAUCAGAGCAGUCAAGUUCAUCCGAGAACUGUGCAGUUUCUAGUGUUUCAUCUACAAGUACUUCAGGUGCUAAAGACCCAGAAGAAUCUGCUUCCAAGUCUCAAAACGCAGUUCCAGAAAUCUCAAAAAAUGUGGAGGAAAAUGCAUCAGAUACCACGACAUCUAUCAAAAGCCUUCAAAUUCCUUUCAGUGAAGAAAAUGCAACUUCUCCAGGGACUGCUCAAUCUGAUUCAAAAGAUUCUUCACAUAAGAAGUCCAGUGGUACAUCAAGUUCAAACCCUGAAGAUCCAAAGAUUGGGGAUACAAGUUCUUCAAGCUUGAAAGCUUCAACAAUGGAGAUCGAUAUGAAGGGAAGAAAUGAGAAUUAUGAGGAUGAUGAUUAUGUUGAUAACUCAAUGGCAUUGGUUCCUCUGAAGCUACCAGAAACCAAGCUGGCCCCUGAGAUAAAGAUAGUCAGCAAAAGUAUAGGUGAAGUUCUUGAUACUCUAAGGCAUGCCAGGGAAAGAAUUCAGAACUCAAUGGAAAGAAGACAAAUGAUUAGAGUUGGGCCAUCUUGAAUUCAUACAAGUAAACAGUAAUUAUUGUCCCAUUUAGAUAAUAAAACAGAAAGUGACAGAUGUUCCUUUCUUGCACUGAAGCAAAAUGGCAGGACAGAUACUGUGGAAAAGGGCAUAAUAUCACUUGUAUUUAUGUUGCCUUGAUCAGAUGGUUUGGUUGGUAAUAAAGUUCUUUGAUAGCAUGUGAUGUGGGGAUGUGACCCUCCAUUUAGUACA